CGGACCCAGAUCCUUGAAGUUUGGGGAGGCUCCGGAAGACGCUCGGCACGGGGGACACGGCGCGCCCGGAGCCGGUGGGGCUUGGCGGGCUCGCCCGAUGCCCAGCGGUGGUAGCAAGCCGGUGAGGUCCUGCGAGGCCCGGGACCCCGUCGCCCACCAGGUGAGAGCGGCCGGGGCGAGAUGAAAGAGGAGAGCAUGUGCCCGGAGUCCCCCGAAGGCAGCGCGGCCAGCAGCGAGGAGGAGGGCGAGCGGCCGCCCAAGAAAGGCCUCCGUAAGCGGGGGCAGCUGAGCCAGGCGGCAGAGGAGCGCGGAGCCCCGUCGCCCCAGGGCAAGCGCAGCAAGCGCAGCCCCGUGCCGCCGUCCUUCGAGGACGCGCACACCCAGCGGGUCAUCGCCAACGUGCGGGAGAGGCAGCGCACCCAGUCCCUCAACGACGCCUUCGCCGAGCUGCGCAAGAUCAUCCCCACGCUGCCCUCCGACAAGCUCAGCAAGAUCCAGACCCUCAAGCUGGCUGCCCGCUACAUCGACUUCCUCUACCAGGUGCUGCAGAGCGACGAGCUGGACCACAAGAUCGCCAGCUGCAACUACCUGGCCCACGAGCGCCUCAGCUACGCCUUCUCCGUCUGGAGGAUGGAGGGGGCCUGGUCCAUGUCAGCCUCCCACUGAGCCGCCCCGGGGUGUUCCCGUGAGGAGGGAGGAUCCAGACUUCAGCCUCAACCCCAACCAUAGCCUAUAAGCCAGCAAAAAAGCCAGCCAUCCCAUUCGUGCCCGGUGCCUGCGAACCAAGCCGGCUCCCCCAAGGAUCGAGGCCUCCCUCCUGGCACAAUGAAGAAGCCCCCCAUGCCUUGUCCUUUGACAAAGACCCCCUGAGGAUGCGGGGUCCCAAGCCAGGCACGGACCCCUUUGCUUGCCUGGAGACUGUGUAUAAAACUCUGAAAGAUAAUUUAUUUUGGAGGAGCUGGUCAAAGUAACCAGUUCAAACCUGUAUAUCGGGGCUUGCUUUUGCUUUGCAAGUCAGGGUAUUUGCCCACGGGGGAUCUCAAGGCCUCGGCCUUCCAAAGGAAGAGCCUAGGGGCAUCUCCGCGGGACUGGAUAAUGCAAAAGCAGGCCUGUGUCUCCGUUAAGUCGUGCUCAGCAGAGCUCUCCUUGCAGCCAGGCCUGACUUGCUUUCCAUAGCCAGGCAGGAGGUCACCCUGGGUCUCACUUGGUGAGGUGAGAGCAACCUCAGCCCAUUUUGCUGGGUGCUGGGUGCCGUGGAAAGCAGCUGGAUCGAUGCCCUGGCAUUGGCAAACCCUGCUGGAAGUGCCAUGGAGAAGAACUUCAUCCCAGCUCCCUGCCGCCUUUCCUGAGGCUUCCUUGAGAUCUGGGCGGACAACCCAGAUGUUUAGUGGGACCUUCUUCUGCAACCGCAGCUGCCUGCUCUUGGACAGCCGGCCUGGGACAGGGUCUUCCCGGGAGCGACAGGACAGACUGCGUGGGCCGUACUGACUCAGGUCAGGCUGGGACACUUGCAGACUAUUGGUACGUUGCCUUGGUGCUGCCUUGAAAGCCCACGUGCACAGCCAUGAAAGCGGAAGGGCCAGCGAGCAGAGGAGAGACUAAAGCUCCCUCGACCGCCCUGCUCUCCCUGCUCCGGGAUUGCCCCAAGAUACGAAACAAAGCCUCACCCGCUAAGUGCCCACGGAGCCUCGGCCCCUCCGUGCCUAACGCUUGUUAUUCUCUUGCUGUAAGGACUCUGCUUUCUGACCAGCCCGCAUUACAAUAAAGUCGCGAUUUGUA